AUGUCUCCUGAUACUGUGGUCAUGGCCGACAGCAUGAGUAAUAUUCCUCUCGAGAAGUUCGAAUACGAGCCGCUCAGCGAGAUUGCAAGCGCGUUUCGUCUUCUCCGCCUGUUCCAGGAGACGGCAUCAUACGAAGCACUAUCAUACGCGUGGGGUGAUCCAACUUCAUCACACAAGAUCGUGCUCAAUGACUGCGAGUUUUAUAUCACAGCCAAUCUUUACCUCGCUCUAAAGAACCUCCGAUAUGGAGAAGGAGAAAGAUUUUUAUGGGUUGAUGCUAUAUGCAUAAAUCAAGCAUGCCUACCUGAGAAGACAAAGCAAGUCUCGCAGAUGCGAAACAUAUACCAAGCUGCUGAAAGGGUGCUGGUAUGGCUUGGGAAUGCUUGUCCUGAGACUGAAGCCGCUAUGUCUUGGGUCCAUAGUCAACUGGAAAAGCAUGGAGAGGAUUUGGACUUGCUACAAGGUGUCGUUAAUCUUUACAUGGAAUGUUGGCCUGAAUCUGGUCAGGAACUUGCCGAUGAUAGCUUUCCAUCCCAAACCCCAGAAGUUCAAGAUCGUCGUUUCCAGCGACUCAGAGGCUUUACUAUCCUCCUAAGUCAACCAUGGUGGUCACGGAUCUGGGUUGUUCAAGAAGUCGUCGUCAACCGUAACGUGAACAUCGUAUGUGGACGUUCGGUAGUACCGUGGGGGCCCUUCAUGGCUAUUGUCAAAGGGCUACACCAUAGUGCACCUCUGUUACAAGCAACUCCAAACGAGCGUGAUGUAUUUGGUCGAUCAAUCCUAAGAGAGAUUUCCCGGCGGAACUAUCACGCCUACUUUGUCCCGCCUACCAUGAGCGACCUCUUAUCGCAUCAUCGUGGCCUUCAGGCCUCAGAUCUAAGAGAUCAUGUAUACGCAUUACUUGAUAUAUCUUCAGAUAUGUCAACAUCAACCUUCGUGCCGGACUACUCAAGAUCAGCAGAAGAGGUAUUCAGACGACUUGUAAAGAAAGACGUUGAAGAGCACCGUGAUUUAAACAUAAUAUGCGCCAGUGAACCGUCUGCAACACUGAACACCACACUUCCAUCCUGGGUCCCAGACUGGAGUUCACCGUGGAAGCACUUCUGCCUAACCCAAUUCCCAUUCGACGUCUGCGACGAAAUACCCGCUCAUGCAUCAUUCUCCUCCGAUAUGUCCAUCCUAAAAGCCACAGGCAUAACUCUGGCUAUCAUUUCGAGCACGAGCGCACCACUCGAACCCUCAGAUCCAGUCUUCACUGCCUGGCUCCAAACUGCUCAGGAAUGGCGCACCAUAGUCGAAGAGGACGAGUUCGACACAUUUUUUUGCACUCAAUUCCGGAGGGUGUUCGAGAUGAUUGUCGUAGAGAGUGAGUCGGAGGAAGACGGUCCAGCGGAGGAGAUUCGGAAGGUGAAGGAGGGAGUUUCGAGUACGAGGUUGUUGAGUUUCGAGAAUUUUAUGGGCAGAAUUUGUACGAACCGGAGGCUUGCAUGCUUGAAGAGGGAUGAUGAGGUGCUUGAGGGAUUGGUGCCGAUAGAUGCAAUAGCGGGAGAUAGGAUUGUCGUCCUUUUCGGAUGUACAGUACCGGUUGUUUUGAGAGGUGGCAUGGGUGGCAUGGGUGGCUGGAGGUUUGUGGGCGAUGCGUAUGUUAAUGGAUAUAUGUAUGGGAAGGCUGUCGAGGGGUUGACUAAUGAUGAUGCUGAAGAGUUUGCAAUUAGGUAA